AUGUCCUCUCCAAGCUGUUUUCUUUCCAAAUAUUACUUCAAUAAUAUUGUUCUGAACUAUGACGAAUAUACAGAGUUGGUUUCUGAGUUUAGGAAAAAUUCAAAAGGCGAUCAUAAGAAGUUGGUAUUGUCACAAACUUUUACGGAUGCAAUAUGGAGAGCAAUGCAAGGUCAUAUCGGUUUAUGUCGUUUAGCAUUGGAAGAACUUACAAUGGCUUCUAAAUAUUGGACAGGUGACAUUGAAUCAAACGCAUUGCAAUUCAUUUCAGACGGACAACUUUCGUCACAAUUAGAAAAAUCUCGAGCAUUUGUAGAUAUAUCAAGCUUGGAAAAGCUUAUAAGACCGGAAAAAUUGCAAGGCAUACUUAAGAAUGUCAUUCAAAAUGGUCGUGUAAAUUUGAAAGAAAUUGACAAUGCUACCUUGGCUCCUCUUUUGAAGGUUGGAAUGUUCAAUGAGAAUGGAUUAGAACUAUUUUUCAGUUGCCCAAUUGUAGAACAAUUCUAUCGCAGAAAAUAUAUCAAUACUUUUGUCUAUCCCAUUUCCUUUCCUGUAUCAUCAUCUCAAAUGGAUCAACAAGGAAUAACACACUUUAUCAAAAAGGUAUUAAUAAAAAUUGAUGGAAGUGUAUUAAGAUCAACCUAUUCUAUGAGCGUGGAUGGGACUUAUAUAGAGAGAAUUUAUCAAAAUGAAUUCUACCGUAGUGCAUGGCUGGUUAUACCAGCAAGAUUAAGCUGUGAUGUUGGGACUUAUUUUGGCGCUUUUGAACUACUUAGAGAUGGAAAAGACUUAAAGAGCACUCUGAAAGAUUUCAUCCUAACAAAAAAUAUGGAAGCAAUUCUGAACAAGCCACUUUGUACCACAACCAUACAACCACCACUUUUAAUUUAA